GAUUUUUUGGAGAAACUUCAAAUGAGCCUUUCUCAUGAAAGUAGAGUGAAACAUGAAUUACAUCACAGCAAGACUACCAGAAUAACUACCCAUGCACUCGGUAUGUGUCCUUUGACUGUUUUGGUCUACAACGAACAGAAAUUCUGGGAAUCCUUUAAGAAGAUUUUGAAGAAGAAGGCUCUUGCUAGUCUUCAAGUCUUCAUACCUUCCACUGAUUUGGUGAAAAACACUGGGCUUAAACUCAGUUGGAAAUAUGGCCAGAAAGGUUUUGCAUCACAAUUGGUCACCUGUCUCAAAGACACAAAGAAGCUUGAUGGCAAUCUGCACACAAUGACUAUUGUAGUGCCGUCAGAAUCACUUUUUAAGGAGUUUUCUCAGCAGUCUGAAUCGAACUGGUUCAGGUGUUUGUUUCAAGGCUUUGGGACAUCACACCAGAGUCCAGAAAAGGUUGACAGAUCAUCAACAUCCACAGUUGGUGCCAUCAAGAUAACUGCUUCAAAAAUGGAGGCUGUUGAACUGGCAUUUCAAACAGUCACGAGAACGAUUUUUGACACACUCAAUGCCACAGACACCAAAGAGAGUGGAGGAGCCCUUGCAAGCAGCAUAGAUGAGGAAUAUGUGCUUGUUGAUUCUGAAGUUGACAACUUGAACUCAAAUGAACAAGAAGAUGAAGCUAGUGGCUUUACGAUUCCAUUUGAGACUGAUCGAUCUUUUAUGACACUAAUGAAGGAAAAUCUAGCAGUGAAAGGACUCCUGAAGCCCAACCAGCUCUAUCAUCCUGAUCAUGAAGUCAUAGUUUUAAAGUCUCCAAGUGAUGCAGCUAGGGCAAAAGAAACAUUGGCCAAAUUUAAGCCGGAAUCUCUUCCUACAAAUUUAUCAAGGAACACUACCCUUGCAUUACGCCAAGAGGAAAAUGAAAAGAUCGAUAAGAAAGAUUUCAAGUUUGCAACUGGAAUAACACUGACAGAAGAUGCUACCCAUGUUCAUGGCAACUUUGUUCAAAUUAUUGCAGCACACAGGUUUCUUGAUGAGAUGUUUUCAUCAGCAACAUCUAAAGUUGUGGUUUCAAAGCAAACUCCCACUCAUAAAAACACAAAAGAUUUGGACAAAAUGGAAGAGAUGAGUGGCAUUCAGUUCAGGGCAGCCAUGCAUUUGAUUGGAACAUCUGAAGUAGAAACAGCAGUUUCAAAGAAACAUGGUAGUGCAGAACAAAUUUCUCUCUUAUUUCAUGACAAUGCUGGCGCAAAUCAGUUAAAACAACGAAUACUUGGUUUUAACACUGAAACUGUUGAAAUACAUGGGAAAAUUAAUACAAACGAGGACAUGGCACUGAAAGAGGUCAUGCAUGAUAACAAAGUCUACGCUGAGUUGAGUCCUGAUAGUAAGAGUGUGGUCAUAAUCUCUGAGGAAUGGAAUGAACAGUCAGCAGCAAAGAAAAAGAUUCAAGUAAAAUUUGGACAGGUAAAAGCAUCAAGUAGAGCCAAACGAACAUUUGCUGAAAACACUAGUAAACACCUUGUGGUUAAUAAUCCACUUGAACACUCAUCUACACCCGAGCAAAGGAUAGAUCAACCAGAUAAUCAGGUAUUCAAAGUCGGUUCUGUCAGUGUCCUUGUUUACUCAGCAGACAUAACAACACUGAAGGUUGAUGCAAUUGUCAAUGCUGCAAACGGCAAUCUGAGUCAUGGAAGUGGAGUUGCCAGAGCUAUACGUGAUGCUGCUGGGGAUGCUUUAGAUGUUGAAGGAAGACAGUAUGUUCACAACAAUGGCCCCAUCCCUGUAUCUGGUGUGGUAAGAACAACAGCAGGCAGAAUGCCUUGUAGGAUGGUACUCCAUGCAGUGGGACCAGCCUGGUAUGACUAUAAGGAUUAUGAAAAGGUGAAGUGUGAAGAUGACCUGUGCAAGACCAUCCUGCGAUGCCUUAUUGAAGCUACUAAUGCAGGAGCUGCCAAAGUGGCAAUACCAGCAAUAAGUUCAGGUAUAUUUCGUGUACCAAAGCAAAAGUGCUGUGAUGCAUAUGUGAGAGCAACAAAACUAUUUGGUAUGUGGACGGGCAGCAAGAGAUGCUUGACAGAAGUUCACUUUGUUGAUAAGAGUGAAAGCAUGCUUCAUAUGAUAGCCACAACAUUCUCUCAAUCCAAGCUUUCAACGAUCACGCCAAGACCUGAUGAGGAAAGAUUUAUGAAGCAAUACAUGCACCAAGAAGUUCGUCGGCGUAGCAGAAGCAGAGGCAGACAAACUUCAUCUAGCCUACAAGGAGGUCAAACAAUUCUUACCGUCAGUGAAUCACAUGCUGUUUCUGCUGUUGAAGCAUCAUACACAUACAGUGUUGAUGGAAAAGGAGUGGUGAAGUUGUACACAGGAGAUAUAGUGAAAACCAGUGCUGAUGUUCUUGUCACCUGGAAAAACACUGACAUCCAGCCAAUUACCGGUGCCUCCAAAGCUGUCGGAGAAGCAACAGGACACAUAAAUUUACAGGGUUUGAAGAAAGAUUUGUUGUGUGUUAGUAGUACUCAUGCAGGAAAUAUGAGGGAUAAAAAACAUAUCAUUCAUGCCAUUGUGCCUGUUUCCUCCCUCUCACUGAGUGAUCUAGAAACACUUCUGACAAGAAUAUUGAACAUGGUAUGUGGAACUGAUACUUCAACUGCACUUACGCCAUUGACUUCCAAGCAAGUUAACCUUGAAGAUUUUGCCAAAGCCUUCUGUAACAUUACAAGAGAAGUUAUGAAGGAAAGCAGAGUACCUGAAAUCCAUCUGAUCGAGAAAAAUCCAAUGGUUAUUGCCAAACUCAAGGGAGUGUUUGAUUCCCAUCUGACCCUGGAAUCAGGAGAGGAUACCAUGGACAUAGAGGUGGCUGGAGCUACAGGAGGCGAGGAGUGUUCAAUCUGCAAGGACUCCUGCAACGAUCCCAAAACCCUGAAGUGUGGGCACAGGUUCUGCAGUGAAUGUAUCGAUCACUACUUCAACAAUUACAAGCCUGUGUGUCCAAAUUGUGGUGCCAUUCAUGGACCAGUGUCAGGGAACAUGCCAGAAGGCAAAAUGUCUGUGACUGUGAAUGCUUUCAAUCAUCUCCUGGGACAUCCACAUGAUGGAACCAUUACUAUCAGAUACAACAUACCAGGUGGAAUUCAAAAAGAAGAACACCCGAACCCAGGCAAACCAUACAUGGGGGCUUAUUGGACUGCCUAUCUUCCAGAUUCAUGGGAAGGGAAAAAAGUUCUUCGCCUGUUGAUAGUGGCAUUUGACAGACGAUUGACAUUUACUGUUGGCAGAUCUGUCACAACUGGUGCUGAGAAUAAAGUUACAUGGAAUGAUAUCCACCACAAAACUUCAUAUUUUGGAAAUUUUGGCUACCCUGACCCUGGUUACUUGAAGAGAGUCCAGGAGGAGCUUGCUGCUAAAGGGGUGACUGAAGCAGACAUUGACUGGAGCACACCAGUGUGAGGGUUCUAUAUACCCUUCACAAUGAUAUUUCUGAUACCUUUCAGCAUGUUUUCAGUACGGAAAGUCAGUUUAACUGCUAUGAUGUUGCAAGAGUGUUGCCAAAAGCAGCAUAUAUCAUAUCUUUGUUAUUCAUAAUUCACUCAUUCAUUUAUAUGUUUUAGGGCAAUUACUACUUUUGACCUAAUUCAUUCAGCUGCAUAUUAUCUUGUACUACCUUUCAGUUUCAUUACUUUAUACUAUUGAUAUUACUUGCAUAAAAACCUGUACAGAUG